AAGCGGCUGGUGCGGCUCGGCGGGCCCAUCAUCGCCAGCUGCAUCCUCCAGAACGUCGUCAACAUGGUGUCCGUCAUGGUCGUCGGCCACCUCGGCGAGCUGCCCCUCGCCGGCGCCUCCCUCGCCACCUCCCUCGCCAACGUCACCGGCUACAGCCUCCUCACCGGCAUGGCGACGGCGAUGGACACGCUCUGCGGCCAGGCCUACGGGGCGCGGCUGUACCACCGGCUCGGCGUCUACAAGCAGCGCGCGAUGGUGGUGCUCUCGCUCGCCUGCGUCCCCAUCGUCCUCAUCUGGGCCAACACCACCAGGAUCCUCGUCUCCCUCGGCCAGGACCCGGCCAUAUCGGCCGUGGCCGGCGAGUAUGCGCGGUGGAUGAUCCCGUCGCUCGUCGUGUACGUGCCGCUGCAGUGCCACAUACGGUUCCUGCAGUCGCAGAGCAUCGUGCUGCCCGUGACGGCCAGCUCCGGCACCACGGCGCUCUGCCACCCGCUCGUCUGCUGGCUGCUGGUGUACAAGGCCGGCCUGGGGAGCAAGGGCGCCGCGCUCAGCAACGCCGUCUCCUACGGCAUCAAUCUGGUCAUACUGGCUCUGUACGUCAGGCUGUCGAGCACCUGCAAGAACACAUGGAGCGGCUUCUCCAGAGAGGCGUUCAGGGAGCUGCGCCAGUUCACCGCGCUCGCCAUGCCGUCCGCCAUGAUGAUCUGCUUGGAGUGGUGGUCAUUUGAGAUCCUUGUGCUUCUCUCUGGGCUUCUGCCGAAUCCACAGCUUGAGACAUCAGUGCUGUCAAUAUGCCUUAACACAGGUGCUCUGUUGUACAUGGUGCCGCUUGGCCUUUCUUCUUCUAUCAGCACGCGCGUCUCAAACGAACUUGGCGCUGGCCACCCAGAAGCAGCAAAGCUAGCGACGCGAGUGGUCAUGUACAUGGCCUUAUCUGUAGGAUUGGUGUUAGCCCUGACCAUGGUCUUGCUGCGGAAUGUUUGGGGGUAUCUGUACAGCAAUGAGCAGGAAAUCGUCACAUACAUUUCAAGGAUGCUGCCCAUUCUCGGAAUAUCUUACUUGAUAGAUGGACUCCACAGUUCUCUUUCAGGCGUGCUUACCGGCAGUGGCAAGCAGAACAUCGGCGCAGCCGUGAAUCUCGGUGCAUUCUACCUGCUAGGCAUUCCCUUGGCUGCGAUGCUUGCAUUUGUCUUCCACCUAAACGGAAUGGGUCUCUGGCUUGGCAUCGUUUCGGGCAGCUUCACCAAACUGGUGCUGCUCACAUUUAUCGCGUGGUGCAUAGAUUGGGAAAAGGAGGCACUAAAGGCACAGGACAGGGUCUUGGGCUCAGCUCACCUACUUCCAGUAGCGUAGCAACGUGAAGCAUCGAUCACGUGGAUACACUAUAGCACUUGCGCGUUGAUGAGGCCUUCUUCAGCAAGGACGACGUAUGGUCCUCGGAUGUAAAACGGAGCAGAUCCUCAAACAUGAGAUCAGCAGGCAGGCAGGCAGGCAUGAUCCAGACAUUUUGGCAGUUGUAUGUUUGGUUGGAUUCAUUCUUGCGGUAAGCGUGUAACUGAGCUCUUGCUAUAGGAGACAGUUUGUGGGUAAGCAAUGCGCGGCGAAACCAUUGUAAUCUCCACCCAAUUUGAUCCAAUGAUGUUUGUUGUGUGGCAUGUUGAGAUGCAUAUCCACUGAGCAGCUUGGGGGGCGUCUGGAACACAUAGCAACUGAAACUGAAUAUGAUUGAUUUGAAGAACUUGAUCAGUUGCAAGCUA